UUUGGAGGCACGAUGUCCAGGAUGUACCGCUUCCCCACGACUGAUGGGAACCACCUCCGGGUGCUGGAGCAAAUGGCAGAGAGCGUCCUCUCGUUAAACAUCCCCCGACAGUUUGUCAAACUGCUGCUGGAGGAGGAUGCAGCCAGGGUGUGUGAGCUGGAGGAGCUGGGAGAGCUGUCCCCCUGCUGGGAGAAUCUUCGGAGACAGAUUGUCUCUCAGUACCAGUCCAUAAUACUGGCUUACCAGGAAACACUGUCGGACCUCAACAACUACAGAGGUCCCUCGUUCAAAGCCAGCAACCUGAAGGCGGAGAGGAAGCUCGAGUUCAUGCCAACCAACCUCCACGUUCAGAGGAUGAGGGUGCAGGAUCAGCUGGGCUUCGAACACACGUACGAUGUGAUAACGAUCGGAGCUCCGGCGGCUCACUGCCAGGGUUUUAAAAACAGCGGUUUGAGGAAACUCGUCCAGAAGUUUGAGGAGGCCAAGAAACACGUAUAUGAGGAGGAAUGCGCCCUCUCCAGCUCGCAAUCCAUCGUCUACAUUCCCCAGGACAUAGUCAAAGCCAAAGAGAUCAUCGCCCACAUCAACACGCUGAAGACGCAGGUCAGCUACUACGCAGAGAGGCUGUCCCGAGCCGCGAAAGACCGAUCUGCCAGCGGACUGCAGAGGACGCUCGCUAUUCUGGCUGAUAAGACACGUCAGUUGGUGACCGUCUGCGACUGUAAGCUGCUGGCUUCAGCCAUUCAGGCCCUGAACGCAGCGCGGCCCGAGUACAUCGCCUCCAAAGCGUCUCCCUCCGCCGACUCGGAACAAGUAGUCCUGCGCAACGACCAGGACACGCUGCUCGCCAAGUGGAGUGGCAGCAACAGCCGCUCCUCGCUGCAGGUGGACUGGCAUGAAGAGGAGUGGGAGAAGGUUUGGGUGAAUGUGGACAAAUCUCUGGAGUGCAUCAUCCAGCGCGUGGACAAGCUGCUGCAGAAGGAGAGGAGGCCGAGCGUCGGCAGUCAGGACAGUGCACACACUGAGCUGCAGGUUGGGGCCAGCAAGAAAGAUGAAGGAAAAAGAGCUUUCUGGAUCAACCCAGGAAGUUUAUCAGAGAAAUCUCCUUCAUUACCAUCUUCAUCAUCCUCAUCAUUACCUCCACGAUCAUCACCUCCACCGACCUCCUCCUCUCUGCCCGCCCUCUCCUCUGCACAAGACUCCUAUGGAACACCCUGUGCGGAGGAGGCGUACCCAGGCGAGUGGAGCGAGGCGCUGUACCCGCUCCUCACCACGCUCACCGAGUGCGUCGCCAUGAUGAGCGACAAGGCCAAGAAGUCCAUGGUGUUCCUCCUGAUGCAGGACAGCGCCCCCACCAUAGCCAUGGACCUGUCACUGCAGUACCGCCGCGACGUCGUCUUCUGCCAGACGCUCACCGCUCUGAUCUGCGGGUUCAUUAUCAAACUGAGGAACUGUCUCCGUGACAAUGGAUUUCUCCGACAACUCUACACCAUCGGCCUGCUCGCUCAGUUCGAGUCCCUGCUCAGCACCUACGGAGAGGAGUUGGCCAUGUUGGAGGACAUGAGUGUCGGCAUCAUGGAUCUUCGCAACGUCACCUUCAAGGUGACCCAGGCCACCGGCAGCUCCGCCCCCGACAUGCUGCCGAUCAUCACGGGGAACCGGGAUGGCUUCAAUGUCCGCAUCCCUUUGCCGGGGACCAUGUUCGACGCGUUGCCACGGGAGAUCCAGAGCGGCAUGCUGCUGAGGGUCCAGCCCGUGCACUUCAACGUCGGCAUCAACGAGCAGCAGACGCUCGCUGAGAAGUUUGGAGACACAUCCCUGCAGGAGGUCAUCAACAUGGAGAGUCUCUCCAGACUGAACUCUUACUACGAGCAGUUCAAAGAAGUGCUGCCUGAGGACUGCCUCCCCAGGUCUCGCUCUCAGACGUGUCUCCCCGAGCUGCUGAGGUUCCUGGGGCAGAACGUCCACGCCAGGAAAAACAAGAACGUAGACAUCCUGUGGCAGGCUGCUGAGAUCUGCCGCCGGCUGAACGGCGUGCGUUUCACCAGCUGCAAAAGCGCCAAAGACCGCACGGCCAUGUCGGUGACUCUGGAGCAGUGCCUGAUCCUGCAGCACGAGCACGGCAUGGCACCGCAGGUCUUCACGCAGGCCCUCGACUGCAUGCGCAGCGAGGGCUGCCGGCGGGAAAACACGGUGAAGAACGUUGGGUGUCGUAAGUACGCCUUUAACUCGCUGCAACUCAAAGCCUUCCCCAAACACUACCGACCUCCUGACGGCACCUUCGGGAAAGUGGAGACCUGAACUCACCAAAGGGAAUCGGCAUUAUUACGGGACAAUAUGGCUGCUGUGUUUUGGGAAGAUCAGACUGAAGGUACCGUGUUCAUGUCACCUGGUUACUGUCUCACACCUUUUUAUCAACAGUAACUAUAUUUCUACCACCGUACUAUAUGAACUGUUUUGAAGUACUGUAUUAGAUGCCGUAUUAUGCAUAACACGCUGAAUACAAGAAUCUGGUAGCAGAAGGUUUUUAUUUCUUGUUAUUAUAAAUAUGUAAAUGAACAGCACUGCCUCAGCCCUGAUCGAGCACUGAUAUAAUGGAGCAUUUAUAUGUAUGCUACACACUGUAAAUCAACAGAUAAAUCAUUACUAUCACACAUGGCUGAAUCCACUUGUAUAAAAUAACGGUUUUCCCUUAUCCAGCCACAGAUUUAGACACAUUUGUUGUUUUUUGUACGCUUCUCAUUGCCUGCCAAUGUGCUACCAUGCAAUUUGAUAUUUAGACCCUGUUGUAAAUCCACAGGAAAUGUAUCUACGUAUAAAGUGAAUAACAGAAGAUUGAUAUUAAGAAUAAUGUAGAAAAAAUCCCUUAAACAAGGCUUAAGCUAAAAUAUAUAAUACUAGUAAAGUAUUGGAGAAAUUCAGAGUAUCGUCAUGGAGUUGGCAGCCUUCAUAUUUGGCUUCUAUGCCAUUUGAGUUUGCUUUUAUUAUGAAAAGGACAACCUGUUAUCUUAACAAGAAAUACAAAAAAGUUGAAUUAUUUUACAACAUUUUCUCAAUUGAGGACAAAGGGGAACAUUUGUUUUGCACUUUUACGCUUAUUUGUAGUCAUUUUGAUCACUUUUGGAGUAUUUAUUCCACAUUUUUAGUUGCAUUGCCGGUUAUUUACCACACGAGGGCGCCCGUGCUCUUCCCUUCCCUCACUAGUGAAUUAUCUGUGAAGGAAAUGAUUCUAAUGUACCGUGAACCACACUGUUUGAUGGCAAUCCUCCUGCAGAUCACUCGUCAAAACAUGUAUUUCUGUAUUUACUUGUAUUUUCAUCAUUCAAACAUACUGUGCUGUAUUUGGGGAUUUUAUUUCAUAUUAAAAACUUCUCAAGA